UCCAGCGCUGGCGCGAGAUCGAGGCCGUGGGGCCCGUCACGCCCCGCGCCUCCGGCGACGUCACCUCUGAAUCCGAUGGCUCGCCACGCGGCCGCGUUGGGUGCAUCGUCAAGAAGCUCAGCGGGGCUGCCUCGCUGCCGGAGGAGGACCUGGACGCCGUCAACAACGAACUCGCGCUCUCACAGUCCGCGCCGCCGUCGCCGGGCCCGCUGCGCAAUGCAGUCGAGUCGCUCGCCGUUCAUAUCAAGGGCACUCGCCCGCCCAAGCUGGUGGUCAGGACGGUACGCGGGCGGCGCGCGGUGGAGGAGCUUGUCGCUCGGAUGGCCCAUCGCCGCAGGCGAGAGCUCGCCGCGCUCGCGGAGCGACACGCCGUUACUCGGUUCGGCCAUAAGGGCAGGAUCCAGUCCAUGCUUCGUUUAAAGCUGUUGCGUCACGGAGAUGCAAUUAAUGAUGAAGUGUGGAAUCUACUAAGACCGGUUAGGCCACACCCACCAAAAUGUGGACCUGAGGCAUUGAGAGACGAUAGCCGCAAGUCAGAUUCACAAGAUGCAAAUGAAUGCAAUCUGCAAAAUAAUAGGGCUGAUGAACAACAUAGUGAUGAUAGAAAUCCAUCUGUGGAGAAGUCUACUGGGCUAGCAAUCGAAAGCCUUGUUAACUCCGACGGUUCAGGAAAUCGACAAUAUGAUGAGAAGAUAGACUCAAAGGGUAAUCAAUGUCUGGAAGAUCGUGUCAACUUGGUAAACUCUUGUGUCCACAAUCAAGAAUGUUCUAAAGCUUCAAGCUUUGCAAGCUACAAUGAUCAUCGUGCUGUCUACGAUAAUCAAUACGUGGAUGAUAUCUCCCCAAGUACCAUAAGCACAUCGUGUGAACUCCAAGAAACUCCUUCAUCAAGAGGUGAAACUUUACGAGAAGAAGACAACCAAAGUCUGAAUGGUUCUUGGGACGAGAGAGCACUAUGGAUGAGUAGUCUUGGUUGGCCCGCACCAGUAGAUUCCAUGAGUCCGGACAGCUGGCAUCAGGGCACAAUUGGGGAUAUGGAGAAUCAUAAUCAGAUUGAAUUUAAUGACCGGCCUUGGAUAGACUCCCCUAACUCAUGGAGAUCAUUGCAUAUUACCACACAAGCAGACUGUCGAGAUUUGUCUGGCAAUGCUGAUAUUUGUAAUCUUCUUGAGAGCAAAAAGGUCUCAAAGUCCCUGGAGAGUGAUUUUAGCAGUAAAAUGAAUCAUCUUCUGAGAGCAGUUCUGCAGAAGCAAAGGCAACAACACAUGAUUGAUGAUUUUGGGGGUUACUAUCCGGAACACUUAUACUGGCAACAGAAUGAUGAACCCCGGAAUGAAGAUCAGGUGGCAUCUGCACCAUGUUCAUUAGCACCUGUAUCCCAUGUCACAGCCCACCACCAAGAGAAUUGGCAGCACCCAUCAUUUGAACAUCAACAACAUGAAAAUCAAAAUUUGCUUGAAAUGGAGGUCAGGGUAAGAAGUGAAAUGGCCCAGAUUCAUCAUGAAAUAUAUGAACUACGUAAGUUGGCGGAAAGUUGUAUUGCAUCCCAAGUAAAGAUGCAGCACUCUAUUAAAGAAGAGGUGUGCAGCGCACUUCGCGAAGCUGGGUUGAUGCCAAGCCAGCCUGACAUAACAGCAAAAAAGGGCACGUGCUGCAUCUGCCAUGAGAUGCAAGUUGACUCUUUACUUUACAGGUGUGGCCAUAUGUGCACCUGCUUCAACUGUGCUGAUCAGCUGAAAUCGAGCAGCGGGAGUUGCCCAAUCUGUGAAUCUUCUAUCGACGAUGUUGUUCGGGCUCACCUGAACUUUUGAGAUUUAGGAUUUAGGAAGAAAAACAAAAGCCGACACUCCCAGCUUUAGAAGUGGAGUUCGUGAAGCCCUGGUUUUGAGGAGGCUUCUUGCCUUUUGUUAACCACUAAAAGUAUACGAGCUAGGUUUUCUCCAGAAAAUGUAAAUAUGUUUUCUGCAACUGCGACAUGUAUUGACUAAGAGGGAAACAUAGAUCUAAUCAAAAUGCUGGUCUUGUUUCUUUUGA